GUCGAGUAUAUUCUCUCAAAUCCAGAGCAGGGUUUUAUUUCGGAAAGAAAGUAAAAUGAAGACCGUAUGGGAAAUCAAAUCACUGAGAAUGAUUUUGCUGCUAGUUCUUGGGCUAAUUCAAGGGGGAAAUACUACAACUACCGAAGAUAGUUGUUAUGCACAGGAGGAUGACGCAUCAAUUGGCCAUUGGUUUGAACAAGUAACACAGAAUAUGUUGCACAUGCAGGAGAAAAUGAAUAACUUGGAAUUGCAAAUGAAACAAAUGAUGAAGGUUGUGGAUGAUAAGUGCUCCAAAGAUAAAGAUAUUGUCAUACAGAGACGCAUGGAUGGUUCAGUGGACUUUUAUCGCACUUGGUCUGACUACAAGGUUGGAUUUGGCAACAAAUCCGGCGAGUUCUUUAUUGGAUUGGAAAACAUUCACAAGCUUACCACCUCAAGACCUUAUCAACUAUUGAUCAUCCUGGAAGAUUGGGAAGGCGAUCGACGUCUUGCGCUUUAUGAUUUCUUUGCGGUGGGCAGUGAAGAUCAGCAAUAUCCUCUACUUAGUCUGGGUAGCUACAGCGGAAAUGCCGGAGAUUCAUUAUCAUAUCAUCUGGGACAAAAAUUCAGUACAAAAGAUAGGGACAAUGAUGACUACAAGACGAAUUGCGCAGUUGACUACACUGGCGCUUGGUGGUAUAAAAGUUGUCAUUAUAGCAAUUUAAACGGCCGAUAUCUGAAAUAUGAUGUUGUUGGCAAUGCUCAAGGCGUAGAUUGGUAUCACUUCAAAGAACAACAUAGCUCGCAGAAAUUUGUUGAAAUGAUUUUAAGGCCUCGUUGAAAGCUAUAGUUCAGUGUUAACAUACUAUUUGUUACUAAAGGCGAAUAAAAGUGAUGCAGGCAAA